UUUUUGAAAUACAACAUAAACUAGUCGUGUUUUGGUUUUUCAUUUCGCUUUGGAUAACAUCUUGAUUUUCUCAUAGCAGAAAACAAUUUACAGAAUGGAAUUUCAUAACAUUACAACAACACAUAUAAAUAACAGCAAUGGAACAAGUACUACAUCAGAACAUUAUAAGGUGAUCUUAAAAUGGAUAUCAUUUCUGAUUUUCCUUGGUAUAAUAGCAUUUAAUACACUUGUUAUCGUGUUGUUACUGACAAGGAAAAAAAAGACGAGGAUGGGAUUUUUUGUUACUAACCUUGCAAUAUCAGAUCUCUGUCUUGGACUGUUUUACGUUUUUCCAGAGUUGGUUUUCAACAAAUUUGGAGUUCCCUGGAAUACAUAUGUCUGUUAUAUUGUGUACGCAUUUUUAUCACAGUGGGCAGUUUAUGUGUCUAUAUAUGCGAUAGUUGUAAUGUCUAUAGAUAGACUCUACGUUAUUGUGAGGCCUUUAUCUGCAGCCUCUAAAGGACAAAAAUAUCGAUUUGGUUUGGCAUCAGUUGCAUGGAUAACUGGAGCAGUUCUUGCUGUACAGUACGCUGUUCACAUUAUAUCGUGGAAGACAGUGUGUGUUCAUUUUAUUCCAUACAUGGAGGCAAUGAUAUAUAUUGAUGCUACAAUUAUUAUAAUAGUUCCAGUAAUAAUCAUCGUUAUAUGUUAUACUGGUAUAAUAAUAACAAUACGUAGACGGGAAAAACGUGGUUUUAUUCCGGCAAACAGAAGCGACACAGGUAAUAAUCUAUAA